UCUGACAUGCGCCGAGCUCACUUCCGAUUACUCAUUUCCGUGUUCAACCGGUGAAGGGAUAUCAUCGUUUCAGAAUGUCUGUAAAGGGCCAUGUUGCGGACAAAAUCUUCGCAUCUUUACCACGAACACAAAGAGGAGUACCUAUAGUUCUUGGAGGGUGUCCAGCAGGCAGACACAAAUUUCUCUACACAAAUGGCAACAAUGUCAUUAUGCGUGAUCUUGCUAAUCCGUACAUGGAUGCAGAAAUCAUCUCCAAACACUCAACGGCAGCUACAGUUGCACAAUGGUCGCCCUCAGGGUUCUAUAUUGCCUCCGCUGAUUCAGCCGGAAAAGUGAUAAUCUGGGACACUGUUAAUAAGGAACACAUCAAUAAGUCAGAGUUCCAGCCCAUCUCUGGCAAGAUUAAAGAUAUUGCCUGGGACGGAGAGAGCAAGAGGAUAGCUGUUGGUGGAGAAGGCAGGAGCAAGUUUGGACACGUGUUCCUAGCCGAUUCUGGAAGUUCUGUAGGAGAUAUUAUGGGCCACAGCAAACCCAUCAACAACGUGUCCUUUCGAAAUCAACGACCCUUCCGCUUGGUCACCUGCAGUGAAGACUAUUCCAUGGUGUUUUUUGAAGGACCACCUUUCAAGUUCAAGAAGACAAUUAGUGAUCACACAGCUUUUGUGAAUGCUGUGAGAUAUGCCCCUCAGGGUGAAGUAUUUAUUAGUGGAGGAUCUGACAAACAGGCCUUUGUCUAUGAAGGGAAAACUGGUGAUAAGAUGGGACAACUAGGAGAACCUGCGCACAACGGUGGUAUCUAUGGUCUAAGUUUCAACAGUGAUGGUAAGAAAGUGAUGACCUGUUCUGGCGACAAGACCUGUAAGAUAUGGGACGUGGAGACAAUGGCUUGUGUGUCGACAUUUAAGAUGGGCUCCCAAACUAAUGACAUGCAGGUGGGUUGUCUAUGGCAGGAUGAAUACUUGUUGUCUGUCUCUCUGUCCGGCUACAUCAACUACCUGGAUGUCAAUAACCCAGACAAGCCCCUGCGGGUCCUCAAGGGAACAAAUAAAACUGUGACUUCUAUGUGUCUAUCUGAGGAUAGGAGCACUGUAUUCACUGGCAGCUCUGAUGGACAUAUCAAUUACAUGAGAGCUGAUACUUUCGAGGACGGAGAGAUUGAGGGUAAAGGUCACAGUAACCAGGUCAGCGAUAUCAGGGUGUCUAGAGAUACGCUUGUGAGCGUAGGGAUGGACGACUGUAUAAUGUUUAUUGAUACACAGACGAAGCAGUACCCGUCAGAAUCAACAAAGUUAGAUUCCCAACCGCAGGCUGUGGCAAGCAAAGCGAACAUAACAGUGGCUGCCUGCUUGGGUCAAGUGGCUGUGUUUGAUGGUAGUCAGAAAAGCUUUGUUCAAAAUGUGCCUUAUGAACCGAAAUCACUUGGCCUCAACAGCACUGGAACCAUACUGGCAGUAGCUGGAACAAAGGACAAGACCAUUCACAUCUAUGACCUUGGUGGAGGAUCGCUGUCGGAGACGAACAAAAUACAGUCAACAGGUGAAGUGACAGAUUUAGAAUUCUCUCCAGACGGAAAAUUCCUUGCAGCUUGUGGCAGUGACCGAUAUGUCCGCCUCUAUGAACUUCCUGAGUAUAAGAUGUUAUUGGAAAGCACACGACAUUCAGCCCGGGUGAACUGUGUGUCCUGGAGUCCCGACUCAGUCAGAUUUGCAUCUUGCAGUUUAGACAACAGUUUCAUUAUCUGGGAUACGACAAAGGGUUCAUAUGACAACUCUAAACAAUACGUAGGAGCUCAUCCCAUGUGUAACGUGACAAGAGUUGUGUGGCAAAAUCCGACCACCAUUCUGACAACAGGCAGUGACAGCUGCAUCAAACAAUGGACAGUAUGAUCGUCUUCAGCUGUGAUUACUAACCACUUAUUAUAGAUAUACUUGUUAUAGGUGAUGCUUUCAUUACCAAGGCUAAGAUGUGAUGUACACAGACAAUCUCAUUGAUGAGGCUAAAGUUCCAAAUCGGCCAAUUCUAAACAUGUCCUUUUGGUCAUAUACUGUAUAUGUCAACGUGCUAUUUUUUGCUUUGAUAUAUUAUUCAUACAACACUACUAAUAUAUAUUUUGAAUAAAUCAUAUUUAUUUAGUACAACUUGUAAUAAAUUAAAUGAAUUAAAAGUUGUAUUGAUUGAUAGAGAUCACGACUGAUUUAUCUUGAGAUAUAUUUUUAUCCUGCUGCAGUCUGAGUAUACAUGACACUAUCUACCUUGAAGGCUAUUAUUGUACAAUGAUGGCUGGAAAAUUGGUAGCAAUCAGGAUAAGGCUGGGUUUCCGUUGUGAGAAAAAGAAAUAUUUCUGAUAUUUGAAACCUGAGAUUGAGAGUUUACAAAAAAUUUUUCCCAUCUGCAUGGGAACAUAUAUUACAAGUGCUGAGCCGGAUCUAGUGGAAACAGUUAAAAAGAAGAUGACUUUUUUUUAAGAACGUAAUUCUACUGAAACCAUUUUUAUUUACUUAUACUUCUCUAUGCAAUAUUCUUAUGUAUAAAACUAGGAGCACAGGUACUUGUGAAAUACAAAAAUCAUAGUGUCCUAUGGGCUUUUCCAGUUAAACAUCUAUUCCACCCCAGGACUCUAGGUUUUGUUAAGGGGUACUACCCAUAGAAUUUAUUUAAUAAAUUACAUAGAAGUAGUUGGAAGGGAAUCGAACCAUGGAUAGAAGUGAUUUGAUGUGGAGUCCUUGGGUCAGGUAGAUAUUUUAACGUAAUAGCCCUAAGAUAACAUUGUAGAUGAUAUGCAGGUCAUGUCAUUGGUGAAUAUCGUCCCUAACAUUAGUUAUACUAUGAUGGGAAUCUUAUGCCUGCUGAUUUUAAUAAAGUGUUUGUGAGUACAAUAUGUGAUGACGUUGGAUAAACUUUUCAGUGUGUUUGUUUUGUGUUAUCUAUUGAGGACAGAUUUGUUUGUUUUUAGCUCACCUGCCCUAAGAGCAAGUGAGCUUAUACCGUGGUGUGCCAUCUUUCAUCUGUCCAGUGUCAGCUUUUCCUUUAAACAAUUUCUUCUCAAUAACUACCUGACACAGAGACCUUAUAUAGAUCCUGUGGCAUGCUCAAAUGAAUGACCUUGACCCACAUUCAAGGUCACAGGGAUCAAAUAGGCCAAACUCUAUCUCAAUAACCCAGAGGCCAAGAGAGUUGAUAAUGGGCAUGUACAUUGUAGCAUACUGGAAUGGGUACCACACUCAGCACAUGCAUACAUCUGUUACAAUAUAAUCAUAAACAUCAUUGUUCUAUGGAAGAAUUUCAUACAGUAACAAUUUUGCGAUGACAGAAUAUCAAGAAAACUUAAAGGGGGAUCACAGUAAAAACUUUUUUUGUUAAUAGUACAUGUUUUAUAAAUACUCCUUCAAUUACGUUUCUAUGCCAUUCCGAAAUUCACAUUGAUUUCCAGUGUCAAGCUUGACCACGCAAUUCUGUCCGGAAACCCUGCUCAAAUGUAACGCUGAUAAUAUUGCAUGGCCGUUCUGAAAAAUAAGGCAGUCAUUUUGUUUAUAGAAAGAUCACAGCUGUCUGCUUCUGGUUUGUAUUAAAAGGAAAAAAUAUGAGCCUCUACUCUUACUACAUCAACAUAGCAGGAGUAGGGGCUCAUUUUGUUUUCUAUUAUACUAACAAGAAGCUGACGUAUGUGGACUGAUGGAAACAGAGUAUGAACCGUGUAAACACCUUUUUUUCGACAUUGGAUUUGGUUUUAGUUGUGGCAGAUGUUAUUUGAAAAGUCAAUUCAGAAUUAUGAAACGUUGAUAUUUAUUCUCAACAUUCUACCAAAUUAUAUCUGUAAAUAACAGGUAGAGCUUGUCUGACAAUACAUUCUUACUGCAAUACUGAGGAAUAUGUGAAUCGUCUAGACAGCUGCAGCUUGCAUGAACAAAGGUCUCAUCUGAUAUACAUGUUGCUGCCUGAGUGAAAUUCUAGUGAAUUCUUUGUCUAUCUUUUGUUUUGUAACUUAUGCUGUUGCCGUUUUCAACUGCAGACGAUUCACUUAAAAGGAGGCCAUUUUUUUAGCAGUGUGCACUGUGCACAUGAUGACACGAAAAAUUUACAUAUCCAGACUGUUGAUCAAAAGUAUUAAUUCACAUUGUCAUGUACAUAAUUCAGCGAAAUCCAAUUUUCACUGUCCAUAAGGUGAUUCACUUGAAAUUUAAAUGGAUUCAUAACGAAUAUACAGUACGAAAAAAAUGUUUUACUAUAAUGACACUUUCAGAAAAAAGAAUGUUUAUUAAAAUCCUAAAUCCUUGGUUGAAUGCAGAUUAACAAUGUUAAUGUACAGUUCUGUGCUUUCCUGGUAUUGUAAAUAUCACUACAAUAUUUUAUUAUUGAUGACUUCAUCAAAAUUGUUGGGGACGUCAUGCAUAUUACAGACACAAAUAAAAGCCAUGAGGGAAAAGUCUUAUUAAAA